UGUGUAGCCUAGCAUUUUAUAUUCUUUUAUUUCAGUGGCGUUGAGUUCGCCCUGCGAUCAAAACACUGUGUUUUGACUAGCUCCGCGCUGAUACAUGAUUCGUAAUACCGCGGGUACAGGUCAAGCCAAACGCGACACCGACCUCUCUACUGUCGGGUCCGGUUUUGUUUUUGGUUUUGCUUUGCGCGCUGACUGGCGCGCUGCCAUCGGAGAGCGCUGUGUGACUGAGCGGUAGGAACAGAGCCGGUACUGAGCACGUGGGAUUUCCAGUUUCUUUGCUGUGCAUUGCACUUUUUGGGGCGCGCGUCGUGUAGAUGUCGAGAGACUGGACAGUGACCGCAUAGCGACCAGUCGCGGCGGAGACGAUGGCCCCGAUAGAACUAGAAAACAAAGCCGAAGAGGAGCUACAGAACGGCGGUGACCACAACAAAAGGCUGCCUUGCGGCUCGCCGGAAAAGAUUGUCCCUGCGGCAACGCUCAAGCCUUCGGAGAAACCUGUCGGUCCCAAAGAGAAUGGUAGCUACGACGAUGUGGCAAGUGCCAGCGACCUCUUGUCAGAAACACAGACGCCAUGUAUGUCUCCGCGUCGCGUGCGUCGCGAGAGGCUAUGGUCGGGUUCGGCGAAAGAUGACUCCCUGCUGCUUACGCGCCAACGUACCAUCUACACAGCUGGACGACCACCUUGGUACGAUGUUCAGGGACAGCUCGUGGAGCCGUUCGUCAUCGGCAUCUGCGGCGGUAGUGCUUCGGGCAAGACGACAGUUGCCAGGAAGAUAAUCGAGGCACUCAAUGUCCCGUGGGUCACGUUACUCAGCAUGGAUUCAUUCUACAAGGUUUUGGAUGAGGAGCAGCACCGGCUAGCAGACGAGAACCAGUUCAACUUUGACCACCCAGACGCGUUUGAUUUUGAUCUGCUCAUCGAGACGCUCAAGAAGCUCAAGGAAGGCAAACGUGUCGAGGUCCCCAUCUACAACUUUGUCACGCACGCGCGCGAGAAGCGCUUCAAGUUCAUGUACGGCGCGAAUGUCAUCAUCUUCGAGGGUAUCCUCUGCUUUGCCAACAAGGAGCUGCUCAGUAUGAUGGACAUGAAGAUUUUCAUAGACACAGACAGCGACAUCCGGCUAGCGCGGCGGUUACAGCGUGACAUCACCGAGCGGGGCCGUGACCUCGAGGGCUGCCUGGCCCAGUACGAGCGUUUCGUGAAGCCAGCCUUUGACCACUACAUAGCGCCGUCCAUGGUUCACGCUGACCUCAUUGUGCCCAGAGGUGGCGACAACCACAUUGCCAUCAACCUGAUCGUUCAGCAUGUCCACACGCAACUAGUCUCGCGGGGCCUGAAACUGCGCUCCAAGAUGGCCGAAUCGCACACUGACCAGCCCUUGCCAGCCUCGCUGCAUCUACUUCCGCAGACGCCUCAGCUGCGCGGCAUUCACACUUUCAUCCGCAACCGGGCCACGCAGCGUGACGAGUUCAUCUUCUACUCCAAACGGCUCAUGCGUCUCCUCAUGGAGUACACUGUGGCCCAGCUGCCCUUUCAGGAUGCCACUGUCGAGACUCCUCAGGGCAUCAGUUACAAUGGCAAGCGCAGCGCAGCUGGCAAGAUCUGUGGUGUGUCCAUCCUCCGCGCUGGCGAGACUAUGGAGCAGGCUUUGUGUGACGUCCUCAAAGAUGUUCGGCUGGGAAAGAUUCUCAUCCAGACCAAUCAGAGCACGGGAGAGCCUGAGCUCUACUAUCUACGCUUGCCCAAAGACAUAAAGGACUACACAAUCCUGCUGAUGGACGCCACAGUGGCGACCGGUGCGGCAUCCAUCAUGGCUGUGCGGGUGCUGCUUGACCAUGACGUGCCUGAAGAGAACAUCAUGCUCGUGUCUCUUCUCAUGGCUGAGUCUGGUGUUCACUCGGUGGCCUAUGCGUUUCCCAAGGUUCGCAUCAUCACCACGGCCGUCGACCCCGUGGUCACCGAGAAGUUCUACAUUGAGCCGGGCAUCGGCAAUUUUGGAGAUCGGUACUUCGGCACCGAAGCACUCGAGUACUUGUGACAAAAGGGACGACCUAAUGGUGGGACAGCAAGCCUGUGCACUGCCCCAGAUGGGCACAGUACAACGUCCUGCCUUCAAGCGCACAACGUGCAAUGAAACGGCGCUGCACAAGGCUUCUGAUGUGUGACGAACGGUUCUGUGAUGCUGACGUCGAAUCUCGCCUUCUUCGUGACAAAUCAUUGACGAGAGGCAGCGCCUUUUCUUUUUUUUGUAUGUAUAUAUCUCGGAAUGGGCGACUCGUCUGUGCUUGCCUUAAUGAUGCUACGCGAAAGAGUCCAUUUGUUGAAUUUCUCAGGACGUUGCGCUAGUAGAUUUUUUGUAAAAGAGCGUGUCGAUUGCAGGCCUAUGGCGCGUGACCUGGCAGUCCUACUUGAGUUUGCUGUCAUCGUUGUUGCGCUUUUUGGCUUUGUGGUCAUCUAACUUUUGCAGGGUGACUUGAGCAACACGAAUGCAUUUUUUCAUUCUUUCUGUGUAUGGGUGGGCCGCUAAGACGCUACGAAAUGAAUUUCACGUUUUGAUUUUGCUUUAUACAGCAUUACUUGCUUUCAGCCAAACUGAGAGAGGGUUUUUUGGGGGGCUUUUAACUGCCUCGCUCAUACCGUCGGGUACAAUCAAUCAAUCUGCCCGACUGAAGUUUCGUAACAUUUUUCACACUUUGGGGGAAAACCUAGCUCCUACGUCCUUACCCUUUCAGAGCUCUGCGACGUGUUUGUCACUGUGCAGUUUUCUAGAAAUGAAGGCUUUCCCAUUUCACCAGACUUGCAACUGCUGCUAAUGACAUGCCAGAAGAGUUUGUUAAAUGCAAUCUGGCGCUUUCUAACCUUAUAGAAGCAAAUCUUGCAGUUUUUAACUUGACAAGCCGCAGUGUGAGAUAAUGGACCAGGAAAGUAUUUCUCAUAACGCGCCACAUGUCCAGUAUUUUCUAGCUUCAGAACUGUACUGCCAUUCUUGAGCUUACCGUCAUGGGCAAAAGCAGGAUAGGGUGUGAAGACGUGCAUUUUUUUGUUUAGUUAAUGGAUCUCUACUUUUCUGCUUGAAAUGAAUUUGCUCAGGAGGCUUUGCCCUUACGACGAUUGCUUCUUUUCUUGUGAUUAAGGGAACAUGACAUGUUUUGACGUAGAAUAUUUUCAUUGAAGUACGUUCCUUGUAUUGGGGGCAAUGUAACCAUAAAUUGCGUGUCUUGAAAGGCGUACGUAUCUCAUGUUUGCAAUACCAGGCCAUUAUUUUGAUGCGAAUUGUGUGUGCUGUGUUACUUUAGCCACUGGCAGUAGCGUGGUUAGUUGAUAGUUCGUAAUUACGUGUAGUGCUCAGACAAUUCUAGCUAGUGAGGCUGUCUUCGUAUUUUGUAUUGUCAACUUUAUACUGUAUUUGACAACUCAUGUGGCACAGUGUUGUUCGCGCAUUGCAAACAUUGCGCGCAUUCUGAUGCCGUGUCUUCUUAGUGUCGCGCAAAAUGUAAAGCGGCACGUCAGUGCAGUUACGUGUAGUACUAUGGGCUUUGGUAAUGCACAUUAAUCGUUAUCCAUGUGCCUUUUUGUUCUGUGUGUAGCGAAAGUUCCUCGCCCUGCACGUUCCACGUUGCCCGCUUUAUGGAAGGGGUUCGUACGAGCGGCUUCGACGUGCACAGCCGAGCUGACACUAGCUGUUUACCACUGCUGUUCCUAUCCUGGGUGCACAGCAUUGUCUCACUACUUGUUCAGUUGCGCCACCUUGCAGUCAAAUACACAUGAUCUUGCAAGCACAGCUGUUCCUGCACAGCCGUUCCUGGGUUCAAGCACAGCUGUUCCUGGGUUUCGCUCCUUCAUGAAGGAGCGAAACCCAACUGCUGCAUCAUAGUCUUCUCACUGGUCCUCUUUAAUUUUAUGAUGUUAUUGCAUCGAGAGAACAUGUUAACCAGUCAGUCAAAGUCUUAUUGCCUGUAUGGAUGACGCUGCGGUUUUUAUUUCGUGUUUCUGUCAAAGGUCAUUAAUGGUAGAACCUUGUUAUAAAGGUAUGCGACGUGAAAAUAUGUUCGUUAUGUCUAAAACUUGUACGUAUGCAUAUUCGUUGCACGCUGAUAUUGAUGAGAAGCAUUUUGGAUUUAUUUCAUUAUUCGGGAAAAUUAAUUUUAUCAUGGUCAAUUAUGUUGGGGUUCAUCUGUAGUAUUGUUGUUUCAGUGUUUUCCUUAAUUUACUGGAUUCCACUUGGAACAGUACCAAGGUGACGUCUGCAAGAGUGGACGACCCCCUGUUUCCUGUUGUUCGUAGUAUGCACUCGGCACUUGUGAUACAGGCCUUUAGGCUUUUGGGUAUAUAUAUACUUUUUCUUUUUUUACCCACGAUUAAGGCAUCCUUGGUUACUAAAGCUUGCCAGGAAUGGCCUUAGUUUUUUUGUGCACAUUCGUGGCUGUCCUCGCUGUAUAAUUGGACAGCAUCAAGUCAUUUCUUUACACAAUUUUGGAUAUCUCCGAUUAUGAAAUAAAAACUGUGGUACUUUAAACGGCA